UUACACUUCCUCCCCCGAAUGGGCUCAAAUGUGAUCAUGAACAGCUUCAGGAAUGGAGGAUGGGAGUCUGAGGAAAGUCUCUCUGACAACCCCUUUAUAAAGGGAGAAGCUUUUGAGACGAUCAUAGUCAUCAAAUCCGAAGGAUAUCAGAUAUACGUGAAUGGCAAGGAGCAGUACACAUUCAAGCACCGUAUCCCACUGGAAAAAGUGUCAACAUUAAACAUCAAAGGAGUUGUUGAUGUGAAACUUCUUGGCUUCAUACAAAACUGGAGCACAACUUCAUUCCCUACAGAAGUUACAACACAAAUCAUCAGUUUGGGCAGCUCACGUGGGAACGUUCCACCGUACAGUCAGAGAUCUUGCAGCCAGUCCAAAACCCUAUCCUUCCUUAUGUGGGUCCAAUUUCUGGAGGACUGAGAGUUGGAAUGGCCUUGUACUUGCAGGGAGUUGUUCCCACUAAUGCUGACUGGUUUGUAAUAAAUUUCAAGACCGGGUCAUCUGAGACUGAUGACAUUGCUUUACACUUCCUCCCCCGAAUGGGCUCAAAUGUGAUCAUGAACAGCUUCAGGAAUGGAGGAUGGGAGUCUGAGGAAAGUCUCUCUGACAACCCCUUUAUAAAGGGAGAAGCUUUUGAGACGAUCAUAGUCAUCAAAUCGGAGGGAUAUCAGAUAUACGUGAAUGGCAAGGAGCAGUACACAUUCAAGCACCGUAUCCCACUGGAAAAAGUGUCAACAUUAAACAUCAAAGGAGUUGUUGAUGUGAAACUUCUUGGCUUCAUACAAAACUGGAGCACAACUUCAUUCCCUACAGAAGUUACAACACAAAUCAUCAGUUUGGGCAGCUCACGUGGGAAACGUUCCACCGUACAGUCAGAGAUCUUGCAGCCAGUCCAAAACCCUAUCCUUCCUUAUGUGGGUCCAAUUUCUGGAGGACUGAGAGUUGGAAUGGCCUUGUACUUGCAGGGAGUUGUUCCCACUAAUGCUGACUGGUUUGUAAUAAAUUUCAAGACCGGGUCAUCUGAGACUGAUGACAUUGCUUUACACUUCCUCCCUCAAAUGGGCUCAAAUGUGAUCAUGAACAGCUUCAGGAAUGGAGGAUGGGAGUCUGAGGAAAGUCUCUCUGACAACCCCUUUAUAAAGGGAGAAGCUUUUGAGACGAUCAUAGUCAUCAAAUCCGAAGGAUAUCAGAUAUACGUGAAUGGCAAGGAGCAGUACACAUUCAAGCACCGUAUCCCACUGGAAAAAGUGUCAACAUUAAACAUCAAAGGAGUUGUUGAUGUGAAACUUCUUGGCUUCAUACAAAACUGGAGCACAACUUCAUUCCCUACAGAAGUUACAACACAAAUCAUCAGUUUGGGCAGCUCACGUGGGAAACGUUCCACCGUACAGUCAGAGAUCUUGCAGCCAGUCCAAAACCCUAUCCUUCCUUAUGUGGGUCCAAUUUCUGGAGGACUGAGAGUUGGAAUGGCCUUGUACUUGCAGGGAGUUGUUCCCACUAAUGCUGACUGGUUUGUAAUAAAUUUCAAGACCGGGUCAUCUGAGACUGAUGACAUUGCUUUACACUUCCUCCCUCAAAUGGGCUCAAAUGUGAUCAUGAACAGCUUCAGGAAUGGAGGAUGGGAGUCUGAGGAAAGUCUCUCUGACAACCCCUUUAUAAAGGGAGAAGCUUUUGAGACGAUCAUAGUCAUCAAAUCCGAAGGAUAUCAGAUAUACGUGAAUGGCAAGGAGCAGUACACAUUCAAGCACCGUAUCCCACUGGAAAAAGUGUCAACAUUAAACAUCAAAGGAGUUGUUGAUGUGAAACUUCUUGGCUUCAUACAAAACUGGAGCACAACUUCAUUCCCUACAGAAGUUACAACACAAAUCAUCAGUUUGGGCAGCUCACGUGGGGAACGUUCCACCGUACAGUCAGAGAUCUUGCAGCCAGUCCAAAACCCUAUCCUUCCUUAUGUGGGUCCAAUUUCUGGAGGACUGAGAGUUGGAAUGGCCUUGUACUUGCAGGGAGUUGUUCCCACUAAUGCUGACUGGUUUGUAAUAAAUUUCAAGACCGGGUCAUCUGAGACUGAUGACAUUGCUUUACACUUCCUCCCUCAAAUGGGCUCAAAUGUGAUCAUGAACAGCUUCAGGAAUGGAGGAUGGGAGUCUGAGGAAAGUCUCUCUGACAACCCCUUUAUAAAGGGAGAAGCUUUUGAGACGAUCAUAGUCAUCAAAUCCGAAGGAUAUCAGAUAUACGUGAAUGGCAAGGAGCAGUACACAUUCAAGCACCGUAUCCCACUGGAAAAAGUGUCAACAUUAAACAUCAAAGGAGUUGUUGAUGUGAAACUUCUUGGCUUCAUACAAAACUGGAGCACAACUUCAUUCCCUACAGAAGUUACAACACAAAUCAUCAGUUUGGGCAGCUCACGUGGGGAACGUUCCACCGUACAGUCAGAGAUCUUGCAGCCAGUCCAAAACCCUAUCCUUCCUUAUGUGGGUCCAAUUUCUGGAGGACUGAGAGUUGGAAUGGCCUUGUACUUGCAGGGAGUUGUUCCCACUAAUGCUGACUGGUAA